CUUUACUAUCAUCAACAUUUCAGUUAAACCUUGGUUUGAAAGUAAAGAUAGUAAAUCAGUUAAGAUGAAGUUGGGAGGAGACUUAACUUUGGUGUGCGGCGCCAGAGGAUACUCUCUGAAGGUGGAGUGGAAGUUCAAGAAUGAGACAGACGGAUCAGUUAAGCCUUGCAUAAACUCUUCAAAGGAUGAGCGUUACAAUGUCAGCCAGAAGGGACCCUAUGAUCCAUAUUCCUUGACCAUUGAAAGCGUGAGCGAAGCUGACCUUGGAGUUUAUUAUUGCUGUCUACCAUCAGGCUGCUCUGAGGACAUUGAUAAGGAUCGGUGCCAAAGCUUUGACAUCGAUGAAAUAGAUGUUCCAACUGCCGGAACAGUGUCUGUGGUUGCUCAUAAUGUGUUCGUCAUCUUGGCUUUGUUUGUGGUGUCGCUUUCCUGCUCGUAGAGUUAAAGUUAGUCUGUCUAGAAGCAACCAGGUAACGCAAAAGGAAACGAAGAAAAAUAUAGAAGUUAAUUUGAAAGCACUUUUUCUUCUUCUACCCUCUUGUUGUGGCUCCGUUGCAUACUUUCUAUGCCAUGGAUAUAAGAGAAUAUGAUUUGAAACCUUUUUUAGAAAACCUUAGCAUGUUUACUUAGUUUCGUUUGUUUGGUGAUGUACUCCUCGACAAAGUUUUAGUGUAGUUCAGUUUUUGACUUCAUUACCAGCUAAGUGUAAAUCAAAACAAAUCAGUCAUUCGAGGGUAGGAAAAAGUCAAGCAAAUAGCAGCUGUUGAGUUUGACUUAAUAAUAGCGCCUUUUUAGAGAAUGUAAGCUUCAUCAGUAAGCGCCAAUUAAUACCAUUGCAAGAAAUUCACCAUAAUAUUUGUUACGCACAAGAAUUUUAAAAAUGUUAUGAACUCAUAGCUGUAGAAAUUAACCUAUAUAAAGAAAAAAAUUUUAAAAAAAUCAGAAUAUUGCUCAAUAUUCCACGUAUAUUUUUCUCCACACAAGUAUUUGUGAUCAAACAGCUGUAGAAGUAUUUUCUGGAAGAAUUAAAACUCUAAAUAGCCCACAGGUGGCCUAAGCGUA